CGCGACCGCUGUCGAAUUCAGUCGACGCCGAGCCGCCACGCGUGUUGGCCGAACCGUAUCUCUCGCGUGCUCCAGACGCGUCUUGCACUCCGAAUCGCCUCGCCUAAGUCGUCUCGCGUUCACCUCGUGCGUCCAGUUACCGUUUCCUAAUCGCGAACGGAGAAACAUUUCGUGGAAAUAAAUCUCUCGCGUUCGCUCUCGUGGCCGUUGGAUCCGCGAGAACGCGCAGCGAUGCUGGAUCAUCGGAGUGACAACGACCCAGCCGCCUCGUGCCGCGUGUGAGUGCUCGUUGCUCCGAGUCGUCGACGACGCGAACAAGUGGAAAAGAAGUGUCGAGUGCCCGUAACUGCUUUCUUCGUGUUUCGGUCGGUCUUGCCCUUUUCAUCGGUCUGCCUCGCCUCGGCUGCGUCUCCGUCGUUUAUACACAGGCAACUUGGUCUCGUUUCUUCGCCUUCGAGACCUGCAUUCUCUCGCUCCGAGUCCGCGGCAAGACGUCAUCGACCACGCUUCGUCCUCCACCACCGGGACCACGCGACAUGGAUUUCGUGAUAUUGAAGGUGAACGGGCAAGACGUAUCGAACUCCAGCCACGAAGAUGCGGUGCGUUGCUUUCAAUCCGCCCAGGAGCCAAUCAUCGUCGAGGUCGUACGACGGCAACCGAUGGGACAACGGAUAACCUGGAAGGACCAGGAGAAGAACGAGAUCGAGGAAAGGACGAACGACGUGAGCAAGAAGGAUCACAAGGUCGUAGCGUGUCGUACCUUGGUGUCGACAGCUGUGCAGACCGACUGGGGAGGCCUCCUCGAGGAGGAGGAACUGAUGCCAGAGCCCCUAGGCGUCGACGAGCAGGCGAACGACAGCUUCGAGGACUUCCUCGCGCACGACAUCGACUUCGAGGAGGUGACGCUACGGAAAAGUGGAAGCGCCGAGAAACUGGGUCUCAUGGUCUGCUACAGCUCUGGCUCGGGCAGCGAGGACGCCGACACGGAAGUUUAUAUCUCGGAAAUAGUUCCUGAAAGUCUCGCGGCGCGCGACGGCCGCCUGCGGGAAGGCGACCAAAUCUUAAGGGUAAACGGGAGGGACGUGGCGAACAAAGAGCAGACGGAGAACCUGUUCGCCGAGACGAAGAGCGCGGUGACCAUUCUCGUCAGUCGAUGUCUCUAUCAGGAUGACGAGUUCGACGACAGGCGAACGUAUCGUCAGGAAUCGCCGUCGAUGUCGCCAGAACACCUGCCCUCAUACCAGAACAGCCUGAUCGAACAGCUGAUCCGGCAGCAGCAGCAGCAAACAGAAGAACGAACCAAAGAAACGGAAGACAACACUUCCACCCUUAAAGCGCCGCCUCCCAUCCCCUCGCACACGUCCCAGCAACAGCAAUCCUCUGGCGCGGUCUUCUCCACGACGUCUUCCUCGACCUGCUCCUCGCAAACCUCGCAGAAAUCCGGUAGAAACGCCUCCUCGCCAGCGCAUCACACGGAGGACCGAAAGCAAUGGUUGCAGGACACCGUGAAGGACUGCUCGAAAAAGAUGGAAGGUCUGUCCGUGCGUAGCCAACAAACGUCCACCGUCAAGCUGACGGAGGCGUACUCCAGCCACGUGUGGAGCGAGACGGAGCACAUCUACGAGACCAUACCCGAGUCCGACAGCGAGCCUAUCUACUCAUCCCCCUACGAGCAUCAACAUUGGAACCACGCCAAUCACGGCACGACCACCACGACUACCACCGUGUCGACCAUGACGAACGCUCAGAAUCAGACCACCAGGUGGCAUUCAUCCUCGAAGAGCAACAGCUCGGGCGAGGAGAAGGACAGCUCGAGCGCGUACAACACCGGCGAAUCGUGCAACAGCAACCCCCUGACGUUGAAGCUCCACCAGAGCGGAAAGGAUCUCCAUAGGAGCACGUUGGUCCUAUGCCCUCCGAAGACCCCCACGACGGUGCAGCAGCAGCGGCUCAGCUGCACCUGUCCCGCAUCCGGUAACAAACAGCAAACCAGAAACCAAACGACCAGAAGAAGUGGCUCCGGCUCCCACCAUCACAAGGAUCGCGAUACGACGAACCUCACCAUCACCGCUCUGCCCGCCGACACUAUGUACACCAAUAUGGCCAAUCUUCAUCAAACGAUGCUCCUGCAACAGCAGCUGUUCAAGCAGGCCCUCAGCCGUAGGAACCUCACCACCUCCACCACCACCACCAUCGCGGCGCCCAGUCCGAAGGAAACCAGCACCGCGAAGAAGUCUAAGUCCCACGGGAACUUCCAGGCGCCGAAUCUGACGCGUUAUCAGUUCGUCGGCAGCCAGCAAGUGUGCACGUCUACGUCGUGGGCGCAACCCGAGGACAAGGGGAACGACGUGCAGAUGAAGUGGAAGGUGAUGAGGAGGGCGGAUGGGAGUAGGUACAUCGCUAGGAGAACGGUCAGGGAUCGUAUACUGCGGAACAGGGCGAUCAAGAUAUCCGAGGAGCGGGCUGGGCAUAGCACCGAGGACGACACCAUGUCUGAAAUAAAGAUCGGCAGGUACUGGACGAAAGAGGAGCGCAAGAGGCAGCUGGAACGUGCUCGGGAGCGCAAACAAAGGCAGCAAGAGCUGAUGUUGCAGCAGCAGCAACAGCAGCAGCUCCAAUUGCAACAGACGAACGAUCUGCUCGCUUGCGACCACGCGGACGAGAAGCUCGUAAAGAAACCAUUGAACAUCGUCGAGCUGAGCCACAAGAAGAUGGCUCGCAAGAAGAACACAUUGGACGAUUUCACCACCGUCCAGGAGAUGUUGGUCCAUGGAAACAGAGUGGGUGGCGCGGGCGGACCUGGACCCGGCGGAAAGCUGAUGGGUCUUCUUUCCGUCACUACGGUCUGAACGCGAUCGUGGCGUGAAAUUUACGCUGUUGCGCGGAUUCUCGCGAAAUGAUCUCGUCGAUAUCCAAUCGAUCCUUUCCUAACUGUAUACAGGGGUGGGCAUAUUCGAAUGAUUUUGUAAUUAAAACGCAUGUGAGACACUAAAUGUACGUUUUCAGGUCUUAGGACAAGCGACGAACGACCUAACGCAUUAUAUUCUGUGGUUGAAGAUUAGCCUUUGUCUCGUAUUUUGUAUUCGAUCUAUGAUUAGUAAAGAAUACUUGAUAUACAGUUUCACCGAUCGAAUAAAACGUCCAUCGUUUUAGGUUGCGUAUAUAUGGUAUUAGUGUAGAAUUCACGCUUUAAAUUAUUUAUUACGAACGAAUAAAUAAAUUUUAAAUAAUGUCAAUUAUGUAGAAGUUUCUUAAAUGCUUUAGUAAUUGUUUAGAAAUAUUUAAGAAAUUUGCUAAUUGAUUUACAAUGUAUAUAUUUGUGGAUAUACAAACUAAUACCGUACAUGCACGAUCGCAAUUUAUUUGAAUGCAAAAUAAAGUAAACACGUACGAGUACUAAAGUAUGAACAGAAUACAAAUGAGUAAGGUAUUCGUCGUUCAAAUACUUUCUGAGAUACAUGUUGCCCAUCCCUAUUUGUAUGUCUACCAGCCUUACGAUUACUAUUUUGAUCGGUACGUGUGUAGAUGUGCGCGUAAAAUAACCACUCGACAUGCUCCUACUCGUCUUAACUGUUCCAAACGAUUUAUCUUAUAAUAUUCGGGCUACGAAAACUCUGACUUGACGUUACGUUACGAGCUGAAGCGUAACGGAGUCGUCGAGGUUGAUCUAGCGUGAAACGUCGCCAAGAACACUCACCCGAAAUGGUUGUAAAUAUUUAUUACAUAACGAUAUGUAUACAUAUGAAUGUAUGUAGAUUAUUUUACACGAACCGAAACAUUUUCUGUGGACGAAGAAUAGAACGAAUACGUCUGUGUAGAUAUGUACAAUAAAUGUAUCGAUGUAUAAUCUGUGUAUAAACGAAGAUCGUGACGCGAGAAAGACGACCGUAAUUCUACGAAUAUUGGAUAAUGGACGAUCGAUCCUUAAAAAACAAUUCGAUUAUCCACGAAACAUUUCAGA